ACCCGGAAGUGGUUGCAUUCACCUUGCCCGGGGCAGUGUUCAGCCACUGUCCCCGCUUGGUAUGGGUGUUCUGGUGCGUUCUGCUGCCCGGCAGCUGUGCUGCGCGGCUCGCGCGGUCAUUCCUUGUACUUGGAGAGGGAAAUACUUCAGCUCCGGGAACGAUGAGCCGCCAGAAAACAACCGGGUGACGCCUAUGCUGCGGCAUCUUAUGUAUAAAAUAAAGUCUACCGGCCCCAUCACUGUGGCCGAGUACAUGAAGGAGGUGUUGACCAACCCCGCCAAGGGAUAUUACGUGCACCGUGAUAUGCUGGGAGAAAAAGGAGAUUUCAUUACUUCACCUGAAAUAAGCCAGAUCUUUGGGGAGGUAACGUCCUAUCUGUUAGGGAUAUGGUUCAUUAGCGAGUGGAUGGCCGCUGGGAAAAAUGCAGCUUUCCAGCUGGUGGAACUGGGCCCGGGUCGGGGCACCCUCAUGGGAGACAUUUUGAGGGUGUUCAGUCAGCUUGGAUCUGUGCUAAAAAACUGUGAUGUUUCCGUACACCUUGUAGAGGUGAGCCAGGCCUUAAGUGAGCUCCAAGCAUUGACACUGACUGAAGCAAAGAUCCCAGUAGAGCAAAAUGCUGAAUCCCUAGUGUAUAUGAAAGGUGUUACUAAGUCUGGGUUCCCAAUAUCCUGGUACCGAGAUCUACAGGAUGUUCCAAAAGGAUGCAGCUUUUUUCUUGCACAUGAAUUUUUUGAUGUUCUUCCUGUGCAUAAGUUUCAGAAAACACCCCAAGGAUGGAGAGAAGUACUCAUUGAUAUUGAUCCACAAGUUUCUGAUAAACUGAGGUUUAUUUUGGCACCUUGUGUCACCCCGGCAGAAGCCUUGCUACAACAUGAUGAAACAAGGGAUCACGUUGAAGUGUGUCCUGAUGCCGGAGUUAUCAUUCAGGAACUUUGUGAACGCAUUGCACUCACCGGAGGUGCUGCACUGAUCGCAGAUUAUGGUCAUGAUGGGACAAAGACGGAUACCUUCAGGGGGUUUUAUGGCCACAAGCUUCAUGACGUCCUAAUUGCCCCCGGAACAGCAGACCUAACGGCUGAUGUGGACUUCAGUUAUUUGCGCAGGAUGGUACAAGGAAAAGUAGCUUCACUGGGCCCAAUAGAACAACAGACCUUUUUAAAAAAUAUGGGUAUUGAUGUCCGAUUGAAGGUUCUUUUUGAUAAAUCGGAUGAGCCAUCAGUGAGGCAGCAGUUACUUCAGGGGUAUGAUAUGUUAAUGCACCCUCAGAAGAUGGGAGAAAGAUUUAACUUCUUUGCCUUGCUACCUCACCAGAGACUUCAGGGUAGAAGCCAUCACAUCAAUACAUGCCAGUCACAGCCCUCUGCCUCUCCGGUGGCUGGGUUUAGUGAACUGGCUUGGCAGUGAUAUUUCAGCUUGGAGUUUUUGUCCUUCAGUUUGCCUAAGCAAUCAAAAUAAAGGGAACACAUUUCAUACAUUUAAGAUGUCAACCUACAAGGAGCGACAGUUAUGCAGCAAAAUAUUAGUCCUUAUGAAACUUACUGAAGUUAGUUCAUUGAUAAUUAAGGAUCUUCUUCCAUGUCAUCUGGAUUGGGAGCCAUAAUGAAGUGCUGUGGGUAUACCAGGUUAUGUGUGUAUGCAUGGAUUUCCCAGCGAGCAUCAUCACUUUCAUGUGUAAUGUAACGUUCCCCGAUGCGAGUUUCAAACUCUCUCAGGUCAAGCCAUGUCUGAUAGUCCUAGGAAAAAAAUGAAAUGAUUUUGAACUAUACAGUAAAACACUGGCAGCCUUUUUUUCUCACUUAGCACACUAGUCAUAAUUAAUAACCCCUACUUAUAAGUUUUUGCUACACAAGUUCUAACUGUAAUAUUUUAAGUUAGCCAUGCUGAAGGUAGUUUUUCAAAUCCAGGAUCUCUAACGAAUAUAAAUAGUUUAUGAAAUUAAGACAAAAAAAAAACAUUUUGUUCUGUAUUGUUGAGAACCCAAACCUUAGUUAAUGCUACCCUCUACCCCUCACUCCCUUUAAAAUAGUUGUAAGAUUUCUCUCCUUCCUCUGAAGCAUUGAGUUUUGUGUGUUGGCUUUUAAAAUUUAUUAGUACAUGUGUGCCAUACAUAAUGACUACUUUCGCUGUGCAUUUGGUACAUGUACAUGACACAUUUUAAUUCUUUUCAAUACCCCUCACUUUUUUACUUCUCUUUAUCUUGUGGUCCCCUUUCCAUUGCAAAGAUCUAACACCUUGUUUCCUCUUAUCUUUUACUUUGCUCUUUAUAGUCUGGAUUUCUCAUAUGAGAAAAACGAUACAGUUUUUAAGCUUAUGCAUCUGUUUUAUUUCAAUUAACAUUGUGUUUUCAAGGUGCAUCCACUUUGACAGAUCUAUGCAAUAACUUUUGGUAGAACCAUGCCAAACACAAUGUUAGACUGUAUAUGGGGGCAGGGGGAGGAAUUUUUUCAAUGCAAAAAUAAACCUUUCAGUGCACAUUUAAAAUAAAACAUAGUGGACAAAAUUGUAUGUCCUGUUAAUCUUACAAAAAAAAAAAGAAAUCAAUACAUAAAACCCUAAUGAAGACUAAGUCACUGCUUUCAAUUCAUGAGGGUAUUUAAUUGCCUAUCAAUGGUGAUUUGAAUGAUACACAACUUCUGGAGAUGCAGCCAUAUAAAUCAGUGAACUGCUUAUGUAAGGAUCAGCAGAAAUUUUUGUUACCUGUAGCCAAGGAUGGCUAAGAGAUUUGUCAACACUGUAACGUUUCCUCAUCUUCACUUGAAGCAGGUUGUUUAUCAAGUCAAUUGCUAAGGGAAAAUACAAAAUUAGAUACAUAAAUUCAGGUGUGUAAAGUACCCCAAACCUGUGGCUGUGCCCAGUAUCUGCUUAGGAGAAAUGAAGCAUUGAGGAAAUGCUGCCUUUCAAGUUUGUGGAUUUUCUACGUGUAAAGUGAUCCACACUUAAUGAAUUAAGGAUGCUUGUAAAAUUUCCAUUUUAUUAAGAAGGCUAUACAGAAUAUAGGUUCAGAAUACACAUUUUGAAGCCAUACUACCUGGACUAAUACAUACCAUAUCAUAUUUAUUAGUGGUGCAAUAUGGGACCAGUUACUAAACUAUGUUGUGCUUUGGUUUCCUUAUCUGCAAAAAUGGAAUUGUUGAGAAAAUCAACUUAACUGUGCAAAAGACUUAGAACAGUCCUUAGCAUCUAAGUGCUAAGUAUUAACUUAUUCUUUCAAGAUGAGUAAAACAGAUUGAUAGUGGGCUUAUUUAUUUCUUGCGAUGACACCAUGUUGCUCUCUAUUCCCAGCGUAGUCUAGAAGAGCAGCCAAAGCUAUUGCCUUGCAUCUACAGAUAUAGGUGCAAUGAAGUGAUAACUUAUUACCAAAAGUUCACACGCUACAGGUUUUAAUAGAUAGGUUCAAGAUGUUUUGGUGUAAAUGGUGAGAACUUGUCAUACAGUUUUAGUUACUUAUUUGGAGAAAUGGGUCAACUGCAAAACCAAGGCAACUGUAAAAGUACAUACUGACCACAGCCCUCAUAAUGAUAUAAAGCAGCAUGGAUAUGAAAGUGUAAGCCUGCGAUAGCAAACCUCUGAGAGACUGGCCAAACUGCAUCCCAAAACCCACUUGUUGCAAAGUACCAACAAUGCAAUUAAACCUGAAUACUGAGGAUUUCCUUUAGAAAGAAAACCAACUCAUACACUUGGCUUGAGUGCUGACAGUGAGGGCUGUUGUGUGCCUGCUGUGGCACAUGUGCCUUAGGACUGCCACCCCCGGCCUCGGCCCAGACAGGCCAAAUGAAAGUCAUACUGUACUAAUUCUAUUUCUCUAUUAUAUAUCAUCAAAUUAGCAAAGACCUUCUAUAAAUACAUUUAAAUUAUGAAUUUCUGUCCCAAAUACUACAAAGUAUCUGUUCUGUAAACUGUAGUUCACUAUUUGUAUCAUUUCAGGUAUUUAAAAUGUACAUUCCUGAGAUAUUCCAACUGGUUAAUCUAAAUCUGGGGGAUAUGCCGAACGGUUUUUCUUCUAAAGUGAUUCUCAUACAAGAGUUACAUGCCACACUGCCCUAGGAGCUCCGAGAAAUUUCUCUCCAUGGAUUUGGUGGGUACAUAAAUGCAGCGUUUUGGAUUUGGUCAUUUAUAUCUUCAUCCUCAUUGAAUGGAAAUGUACCACUGAGGCUCACAUAGAUGAUGACUCCCACUGACCACAUAUCUAGAGAACGGUUGUAACCUUUACUCCUGAGAACUUCAGGGGCUAAGUAUGCUGGAGUUCCUACUACUGAUCUCCGGAAUGACUUCUCACCAAUAAUGCGUGCAAAUCCAAAGUCACACAGCUUCACCUGGAAGUCAAGGGUGAUGUUAAUUUUACAUAUGUAACUACAUAUAAAGCAGAUCUCUCAAUGUGGUAUCGGAUCAUUUCAAUGUUCUUGCCAAUUGUUUUGACUAUGAAUACUAAACAAAUGUAGAUAAGGAACUUGAAAUACCCUUAUUCCAAACAGGAUAUAUUGUCAGCUCUGUGACACUAACAGGAUAAAGAGCUUUCCUAAUGUUCUUUAAAAAAAACAAAAACAAAAAACAAAACUUCUGUAUUCUGUCCAACUACCAGACUGAUAUUUCAAGGGUUGUUUUGUUUUUUUUAAAGAAAAGGAAGAUGGUGAUCUUUUCUCAUCUGUCUUGUGAGGAGAUCACUUUUCUAUUAUCUAUGAGCAAGAACUUUUUAUUUCUGAAUCCUCAAUGGAUGUUCAGUGUGUGGACACAUGAAAGUACAGUAUUCAAUAAAUGAAUGAAAAAUUAAGUUACAAUCUUUAGAAACAACCUUUAUUUUGCUUAAUCCUAGAAUUUCUUCCCAAGGACGCUAUAUAUUGGCAAGUAAAUAAAACUGAGUUGUAUUAGACAUAACUGUUAAUGUAAACAGAAGAGAAAUGCUUGAGACUGUUAUAAGGAGUAAGGAUUUUCUAUUUCUGUGAGACAAAUUAUUGGUAGUUAAAUGCUAAGAUUUGAAAAAAGCUGUGAAGGUAGCCCCAGUGUCAUCUAUGUCCUCUGAGGAAGAGAGUUCUGGAAGUGUAAGGAGCUCAGAACACUUACCUUACUGCCUUUUUGUAGAGCUUCAAGGGGUUUUGGUGAUUAAUAACUGCAUUUAUGCUGAAGAAGCAAAAGCUAAGUACUUUCCUGAAGAAAUGUUCUGACUCACAGAAUACUUCAAGAAAAGCAUUAAGUUCACAGAAAAGGGACUGGACUUCUAGAAAAAGUGGUACGAGUAACUACCUGGGAACAAAGAAGUGUGUCAUGCUGCUUGCUAUUUCUGGGAUAUGCAUUCUGACAUAAUUUUUAUGAAAGAUAUUUGCUAUGUGUCAUUACUGAAUUUGCUGCUUCUCUAUUUGAAUAAAGAGUAGGAGUACAGACUCUG